UCGUUCUCUUUCUCCCCACCUCGAAGUUGCGAGCUUUGCACAGGGAAGUCGUGCCGCCGCCAUUGUCGCGGCUGUUCAGGGGUAGGGGAGGCGGCUGCCGCUGCUUAUGACUGGCGUGCCCCUGAUCAGUUAUUCUGAUCUGAAGAAUUUGGUGUUUCAAGCAUUAAGACAAUAGCCUGACUUGUUCAUGGAGUUUUUCAUCAGUAUGUCUGAAACCAUUAAAUAUAAUGACGAUGAUCAUAAAACUCUGUUUCUGAAAACACUAAAUGAACAACGCCUGGAAGGAGAAUUUUGUGAUAUUGCUAUUGUGGUUGAAGAUGUGAAAUUCAGAGCACACAGAUGUGUUCUUGCCGCCUGCAGCACCUACUUUAAAAAGCUUUUUAAGAAGCUUGAGGUUGAUAGCUCUUCAGUAAUAGAAAUAGAUUUUCUUCGUUCUGAUAUAUUUGAAGAGGUCCUGAACUACAUGUAUACAGCAAAGAUUUCCGUGAAAAAAGAAGAUGUUAACUUAAUGAUGUCAUCAGGUCAGAUUCUUGGUAUUCGAUUUUUGGAUAAACUCUGUUCUCAGAAGCGGGAUGUAUCUAGUCCUGAUGAAAAUAAUGGCCAGUCAAAAACUAAAUAUUGCCUCAAAAUAAAUCGCCCCAUUGGAGAUGCUGCUGACACUCAGGAUGAUGAUGUGGAGGAAAUUGGAGAUCAAGAUGACAGUCCAUCUGAUGAUACUGUAGAAGGCACCCCGCCGAGUCAGGAAGAUGGCAAGUCGCCUACAACUACGCUCAGGGUUCAGGAAGCGAUUUUGAAAGAGCUGGGGAGUGAGGAAGUUCGAAAAGUAAAUUGCUACGGCCAGGAAGUAGAAUCCAUGGAAACCCCAGAAUCAAAAGAUUUGGGUUCCCAGACCCCUCAAGCCUUAGCAUUUAAUGAUGGAAUGAGUGAAGUGAAGGAUGAACAGACACCAGGCUGGACAACCGCUGCUAGUGACAUGAAGUUUGAGUACUUACUCUAUGGCCACCAUCGGGAGCAGAUUGCCUGUCAGGCAUGUGGUAAGACAUUUUCUGAUGAAGGCAGAUUAAGGAAGCAUGAAAAACUCCACACAGCAGACAGACCAUUUGUUUGUGAAAUGUGUACAAAAGGUUUUACCACACAGGCCCACCUGAAAGAACACCUAAAAAUCCACACAGGAUAUAAGCCCUACAGUUGUGAGGUGUGUGGGAAAUCAUUUAUUCGCGCCCCAGACCUAAAGAAGCACGAGAGAGUUCACAGUAAUGAAAGACCGUUUGCAUGCCAUAUGUGUGACAAAGCCUUCAAACACAAGUCCCACCUCAAAGAUCAUGAACGAAGACACAGAGGGGAAAAGCCUUUUGUGUGUGGCUCAUGCACCAAGGCAUUUGCCAAGGCAUCUGAUCUGAAAAGGCACGAGAACAAUAUGCACAGUGAAAGGAAGCAGGUUACCCCCAGUGCCAUCCAGAGCGAGACAGAACAGUUGCAGGCAGCAGCCAUGGCCGCAGAAGCAGAGCAGCAGUUGGAAACAAUAGCCUGUAGCUAGAGGUGAUGGGACACAGACACUUUGCCUGAGCCGUGGAGACUGAAAUCACAUUGUUCGUAAUAAAUGAACACUGUAUUUUUUUUUUUUUUUAAAAUGUAUGGAGCAUUAUACUUACUGGACUUAAGGCAGUACCUGGUUAGGUAUUUUUAAAACUUUUCAAGGAAGUAAUGUUCCUUGGUUUUGACCAAACAGUUUCACUGUCCUGUCUGGUGUUUAGUAUUAAUGUUGCCAGUAAGUCCUGCCCCUUCUCUUUUUUUAUGGUUUUAAUUUGAGGACUCCUGUGUCCAUUUCAGAAGUGAGAGACUUCUAUUCCAUUUUUAAUUCCUCUCUGCACUUGCUGCACUGGUGAAUGCGCUACACAGAGUCUUAAUCGAGUACAUUGAUUUCCUAAUCAUAAUUGUAUGUGACUUGUGGUCAAAACAACAUUUUUAAUAACUUAAUAAAAUUAUUUCAUGUAGACGCAGAAAAUACUGGUGGGUGGUUGACCAAGAACACUGCACAAAUAUGAAAACAAGGCCUGGGAAUAUAGAAUGGUCUUAGAUGUGUACUUGAUUUGUUCAUUUUCUGUCACUGUUUUUUCACAGUUUUUGUGGACAAAUAAUGAAUGGUUGCUUUGCUGAAGUGUUUCUUCAUCCAUUUUGAUUGCCCAUACCUAUCCCAACAGAGGUGGUAACAAGUCCCAAAGGCUGAGUAAAUCCAUAGGGAUAUUGGUGAUCUGGUGACUGAGUUCCUUCAUUCCUCUUAUUUGGGGCAUUGCCACUCUGAAAUAGAUAGGAUUUGUGAAGUGGACCAGUGAUGAGAGGAUUAGAAGAGGGUGAAUAGGAACCUGGCUCUCAGAGACAAGUUGUUCACAUUUGCAAUAAUUCCAAGAUUUCCCAGAUCAGAAUAAUUCUUAGUUAAUUUUGAAAUUAGGAUAAGAACAGGUAUGCCUCUUCAGAUACAUUUGUGUAACAGAAUGUUAUCAAGCUUUUGGGCUGUCUGUAGCACAUGAUUUAUUCGUAAAGGAGAUGCAAUAUCGUUACUUAAUACAUUUAAAAUUUUUUACGUGUAUAAAUAGUAUAGAAGUGUUGGUCUUAUGUAUUUCAAAGAAAAGUAGACAGCUGCACUUUCUUUUGCACAUUGGAUUAAAAUAACUUUCAUCAGCAAGAAACAUCAGUCUGUUGUUAACCAAUAUUAAAGUGUCAGACCAAAACAUGUUUAUGUUUUUGAAGUAUAUUUCUUCAUCACUGGUUGUAAUUUUUAGUUGAUUGCCUUUUCAUAGCUGU